UUCCCACAGUUAUGACGAUCCGACCAGGAUUUGAACACGGGGUGUCAAUUUCAAACAGCAGUGAAUAUAGAGCGCCAAACCAGAUAUUUUAAAAUAAAAAUUGACUGGUGUUUAGAACUUAUAAAUAUUUACUUCCUAAUGUCAUUAACCUCACAAAAGUAGAAUCGUCUCUCGACCGUCUGCUUAUGGGAAAUGUAAAAUAUCAACUUGGAUUUCACGAAAAGAAACAAAAAAAAAAACCGACAUAAAAUAUAUCCAGGUGUACACAUUCACUGACUGUCUAUUGAAAAAGCUACUUCAAAAUGGACUAUGAAAUAAUGAAAGCAGGUUGGAUGCAUCGGCAGAGUAGCAUCUUGCAUCGCUGGAAAAAGAAUUGGUUUGUCCUCUACAAGAAUGGCAAGCUACGCUAUUUUGAGAGCCCAAACAGCCGCUGCUGUGACAAUGUCUUGAUGAUCCCUUCAGCAUUGGUGUGUAUAAAAACAGGUAAACAGGUGGCUAUUUCCAACCCACUUCCUUCACACCUGAACCGCAAUUGUCUGAUAGAAUUGGUUGCACGGGAAAGAAAGUUGUUGUUGUGUGCAGAAAGUUCUGAUGACACAAGUGCUUGGAAAAUGGCAAUUGAAGAAGCCAGAGCAGUUCGCCCAACUCGACGAUUUUCAGACACAUUCCGACCAGAUCAUCACCAAGGCAUGGAGCCGCCACCUUCUUAUGCUGAGCUUUACAACCAACCUCAGAUUCUAACAUAUGCCACCAAUGAGUAUCCAACAGGCUAUUCUGUGCAUCAUGUUAAUAGUUUACCUUAUGGUACCAGACAGAUUUACGUACAAGAACCUUAUCGCCAGCGUUAUACUGGCUGUGACGUUGCAAUGGGCGUGGCUACCGGUGCUCUAGUUGGGUCGAUGCUAUGGUCACCAUUUUUGUGGUGGUGGUAAACGUCAUUAUGAACGACCCUGUUAAGAUUUUGCCCUGUAUUAUUCCACCUUUCUUUUCUUUUUUGUCUCCCCUCAUUUAAAUAAUUAAAAUGUAGAUCAUUAAAUGAGUUUGUAGAUAUUUAAACACAAGCAUGAUGGUUCUGGUCAUUUUAUCACAUAUUGAAUAUGAUAAAGUCACAUUUGAUCUUAUUGUAAAAUCAUUUGACUAUAUAACAUUAGAUACAUUCUCAAUGCAUUCGAAUUGCUUUAAUUUAGUUGUUCUUUUGUUUAUCUCUUAGUAGGGAGUAUCUUUAUCUGACGAUGGACAUGGGCAUGGAUCCAGAUCCAAUUUCCACUGUCCAGUGUACAACACUUUGGUCUUGGUUAAAUAGUGCCACUUAAAAUUUGAUAGAAGAAAACAUUCACAUGUACACAUGCACACACACUUAAAUAAAUGAUAAACGAACAAGAAGUAGCAAGUCCAAUGUUACAUGAUCUGUUACUUUGUCAUUUUUAUCAAUUUCAUAUUAUGCUUUGUACCCAACUAAUGUUUCAUUCUAAAUAAUGUAAAUAUAUUGAAUUCAAACUCUGAGUCAUUAAUAUUCCUGUAUACCUAAGCAAAACGUUGAUACACACACCACGUAUGCAGACAGUUAUAGAUUACAAGAUUAAAUUUCAGAAGCUGUUAUUCAAAUUUCAUGUUAGUGAUUCUCAGUAAUGUGAAACUUGCAAUAGAGGUUAGUGAAAUUUCCAGUUUGCUUUAAAUAAGAUAAAACUCUACGAUAUGCACUGAGCACUCUUCCCUCUUCCUUGAUCACGCAGUAUUUUUAUUUCUUUUCUUUCUUUCAUAUAUAUAUAUACAUGCAUGUGUGUGUAUGUGUGCAUUAGUGUGUUUAUAUCAGGUGGACAAGAUCUAAUAUGUCUGACAUAACUAUCUCCCCUUAACUGUUUUGUUCACUUUCUAUUUUUUUUUUUUAUAUAACUGACCAUACAAAUGCCAGAUUAAGUAUGUACUUGGCUUGGUAUAAUUGACUAAAAGCUGUGAAGACAGUGAUAUGAUGUGGCCGCAGUCUUACGCAGUGAAACAAUAAGAGUGCUAUUUAAAUACCUGUAAUAUACUCUGGAUUUAAGAGAAGAGAUAGAAGCCACAGCAACACAGAAUAAAUAUUUGGAAAAAAAAUAUUAAAAAAAGACUGAUAAAUAUAUUUCUAACAAACCCAAGUGUUUAUAUGUCUUCCUUCCCCUGCCCUACACAUUUACCAUGUACCUAGUAAGAAUUUGUUCUCAAUAAGAAUGUGCAAGAUUACCAGCUGCUUUCAUACACCUGCUUUUGUACCCCAUAGUUUUGAGUUCAAAUCUUGCUGGGACUGACUUUAUUCUUUUCCCAUUCUUGAUUGAUAAAUAAAUUACAGUUAAUGGAUUGAGGUUGGUUCAAUCAGUUGUGCCUUUCUUCUUGCAGAAAAAUACUUUUCUUGUAUAUAAAAAAAAUAAAAUGUGAUUUUUCUAA